CAGACUUUUCACUUUGAUGUCAAACUGUUUUUCAGAAAGGGAAAAGCCUUGAUUUUAGGUACAUGGAAUUAUAGACAUACCUAUCCUGUCAGCCUGAGAUAUGUUUUAAAGUAAUUCAUAGUCUUUGACACUUUCUUAUUAGCAUCUGAGAAGCUGAAAAAAAGUUGGACAAUGAUGAAAGAAGAAAUAAUGAAGUACACAAAACUGCAACAACAGGUCAAUGACCUGGAGGUUCACACUCAAGGACUGCAGACCAAGAUAGUAGAGUUACAGAGAAGUCCCUAUGCUAGAACAAAACAGACAGAUACACUGGGUGAAAUUGAGGCUGCUGCUAUGAAGCUGUACCAAGAAUUGAGGCAAAUGGCAAGAGAAAAGAGGCAGCAGAUUUCAGACAACACUGGCAUGGUUCAGGCAGUAGUGAGGUGCUACACACAGAGGGACAAACUUACUGGGGAUCUCUACCAACAUAUUAGCAAACUAGCUUCCUGCAAACUUGACAUGUCAGACCUUCUUCCUCGAGUUCAAGAAACUAUUGAUGACAUUAAAGCUGGUAGCAGUGUACUGAUGGCAUACCAGAAACAGAGGCAAACAGAGAUGUGGACUAUGUUGAAGAAACUGGUCCAGAGGAGCCAGGCUCCAGGCUCUCAGCCUCAUUCUCUGACCAGCAGCUUGAUGAGGUCCACAUCCAGGCAGAGUGGGAGCAGUGGGGGCAACAGUUUCAGUCAGAUGUUCGAGAAAAAUAUGGAGGCUUCCUCGAUGCUCAGGACAGAGAACGAGGACAGCAAAGCUAAACUGGAGAGCACACUUUCAAGCCUUGUACUUGAGCAGGAGGAAUUCUUGUCAGCUGAUAAUCAGUUGCAGUGGGAUUUCUUGGCUGAGGAGGAGGCACCCUCUAUACAGCAAGGGGCAGACUUGUCUUAGCAAAGAAUUUGAAUGUGCCAUUGACAUUAUUUGUAUGCAUGGAAGGUCCUCCAGACAAGAACUGUUUAUUGGAAGAUCUCAAUUUCCUAAAAUUUAUGCUCGGAAAAAAAUACAUUUGGAUAGAAGUGGGCAGAGAGUCAAUUAAAUAUGUGCAUCUAUGAACAUUUUUCCCACUUUGAAUAUAGGGAUGAGGAUGGGGGUAAAGCUCAUGCCAUUUGACAAGAAGAAUAAAAACAUUACCUUUUUCUGGAUUAUUUAGUGUAGAAUAAUUCAUAUAUAAAAUGUGCAUGUAAAACCUUCUCACACCUGCUGAAUUACCAAGAAAUUCAAGCAUUGGCACUCCUUUUGACAAUUUUAUAUCUACGUUAGCAUAGUAUAGAUAUCAGAGUCAUUAAUAGGAGUGCUAGCUCAUGAAUAUCAUGCUACUGCUGAAUCAGCUGUUGCAUAACAAUCUUCUUACAUAUGCUUACAUAUUUGAGAACUUUUUAUUCUCUAGUAGAGUGCAUACCAUAAAAAAGUUCCUGUAUUGUAGGGUCAAUAUUGGUGCUAGAGCCUAAAGUGGAGUCAAAAAUGAGACCUUACUCUAGUGUCUUAUGAUGGAUGCCUUUAGUACUUUAAGUGCGUUUUUAGAAUAUGCAGGUUUUGUAUGUAUAUAUGUAUAAUAUAGUGACAGUGUACAAUUCUGUAUGUGCUAAGAUUAUCUACCCAGCCUGAUAGACUGUUGUAUGUGUAACCAUGCAGAUGAUGUUUAAUUUAUGUUCAUGGUUGGUCAAAAUGGGAAUUUGAGAAUAAUCACUAUAAAUUAAUAUUUGGAAGGUCUGCAAUUAUUCUCUAUAGCUCGCGAUUUAUAAAUGAAUGAAAUUGUGAUUCGCUAUCUUGCUGCAGACUACUAAACAUGUAGUCAAACACCAUGACAUUUUCUCUACAUUGUAAUACACUAUGUUUACUGUUCCUCACAGAGUGGGUAGGUGGUACUAGUAUCAUAUGUAAAAUCUACCCACAUACAUGAUGUUAUUAUAAAACUGUUUAUAUAAAAAGCUUAUCCAUGUAGCUUUAGAUACAUAAGGUAAAACAUAAAGAGUUUUCUACAACAUCAAUUAUAUCAAAAUUGGUGUUUUGCUUCAUCCAGUUGUUUUAAACAAUGAUGGGAUUCAUCUGAAGAAGGCCUUGUGAUAAGCUUAAAACAGUGACCUCAUUUCAAGUGUAAGCUCCAGUAUGGAAUUUGAUUAUAAUUCCAUCUUUAUCUUAGUCCAUAUAGUAUUAUUUUAUAGGCAUACAAUUGGUAAAGGUCAGUCCUCCUGGGAGGACAGUGCUCUGGACAAAUCUGCUUAGAACCAAACUGGACACCUUUCAAAGCUAACUGACA